AUGGCGGUAGCACUUCUAUCCGGUCAGGUUAUAACACUCUCCUGCGGCCUCGUGAGCCUCUAUGUCUUUAGAGUGGUCACGAUGUAUGUCAAGUUGAUGCAGUUCAAAGGUCCUUCGGGAACCGGCUUUUCGAACUGGCCUCAUAGCUUGGCGAUACUUGGGCAAAAUUGCCACGAGUGGUAUGCAGAAGUCAAUAAGAAAUAUGGCCCGAUCGCCCGUGUCGCGCCUCACGUUCUAAUCACGUCCUCUCCCGAAGUUUGGAUGCACGUAAACAAUAAGCCUGGCUACAAGCGCUCUGAUUGGUAUUACAGAGCUACACGAAUCGAGUACCGGAGGGACAAUGUCUUUAGUCAGACGGAUAACGCGAAACACGAACAACGGAGGAAGCAGAUGGCUCCAGGGUAUUCGGGAAGGGAGAACACCAAGCUCGAAGGGUCUGUGGAUGAACGAGUCCAGGAGUUUCUGAAACUCAUCCGAUCCAAAUACAUCGCGUCCGACCGUCAUGUUUAUUUUACACUCGACGUCAUUAGCAGUGUCGGCCUCGGUAAGGAAUUCGGUAUGCUGCAGAAUGACCAUGACAUAGAUGACUACCUCCAAUCGAGCGAGGAGGGACUUGCCAUUGGUAAUACCGUCCUUGCCAUGGGCUUGACCUGGAUCACCCAGAUGCCUUUCAUCGGCAAGUUUAUUGCACCUUCGCCUAAGGAUAACAAUGGCUUCGGUAAGAUGAUGGCUACAUGCUUCCGCUUUGUCGACGAGCGCGCUGCGGGCUCCACAAACGAAAGAUCCGAUAUGCUAGCUUCAUUCAUGCGCCACGGCUUAGCAGGUGACGAGCUGCGCACUGAGGCGCUAGAGCAAAUCAUUGCGGGCUCGGACACGACUGCUAGCGGUAUUCGUGGUACCCUUUUGUGCCUCAUGACAAAUCCCCGCGUCUACUUCAAGCUACAGCGUGAGGUUGACGAUGCCGUGCGUGACGGCCGUGCUCCGAGCACAGGCGAAGGUCUUGUUACUGCUGCCCAGACUAAGAAACUCCCCUACCUCCAGGCUGUGAUCCGUGAAGGUUUGCGAGUCAAGCCGCCGGUCGCGAACAUUUUCCCCCGUGAUGUCCCGACAGGUGGCGACACUGUUGUCGUCGACGGCGAGAGUGUAUUUCUACCAGGUGACACAUGCAUCGGGUACUCGGCAUACGCUAUGCAUAAGAGCGAGAAGAUAUACGGCAAGGACGCAGAAGCUUUCCGACCCGAGCGAUGGCUGGACUCGGACCCUAACAAGCUGGCUGCCAUGGUUCGAACCAACGACCUCAUAUUCGGUCAUGGCAAAUUCCAGUGUUUAGGGAAGCCAGUGGCUCAAAUUGAGAUCGGGAAGAUUGUAUUCGAGCUCUUACGCAACUUUGACCUCGCACUUAUCAAUCAGACUCGUCCCUGGGAUGCGCGGAAUUACCUUGGUCUUUUCGCCAUCUCGGAUAUGUGGGUGCAAGUGACGGAGCGGACGCCUUCUUCUACCUGA